GUGGUGGGCGCGAUGGUCUGGGCCAAGGAGAGGAAGUUAGGCGAGAUAUGCUCGGAGGUGAUCAUCGACAAGUCCUCGGACAAGACGACGAUGGAGAGCAUAGUGGAGGCGCAGCACAGCAUGAAGAAGGUGCACGAGUACGUGAAGACGGCGAACGUCGUGAUCCUCAGGCUAUGGUCCAUUGUUCUAGCCCGCUCACCGAAGCACACGGAGACGGUGAUCUGGAUGCUGACGGGCCUCGCGGUGGCGCUGGCCGUGGUCCCUUUCAAGUACGUCCUGAUGGGGCUGACGGUGUGCUGCUUCGCGGCGAACACGAGGGUGGCGAAGGCGGUGUCGGACCCCCGGGGCGGCCGGCGCUGGAGGGAGUGGUGGGAGUCCAUACCCGCCGUCCCGGUCCAUACGGUGGACAAGGGCGAGCUGCGGACAGGUUGAAGAGAACGCCGGCUGAAAAUCCAUGGUCUCGUGUAGGUAAUCUUGCUAUGUAUGUACACGCUGGUGGCUUGCUUUGUGCUUCACACUGAAACGUUGUGCCAUGAACACGUUUCGUGGGAUGUUCUUGUGUAUGAAUAAAAAAGAAAUACGUAAUCAGGUUCUGAAACAAAAUUACAUA